AUGUCAGGUGUUUUGGAAAUUUGCUUUAACGGGACUGGAAGUCCGGCGUCCCCAAGUGCCACUGCGGCUCAAGAACUUUGCAACGCCAACUUGUACGACCCCUACGACAAGCACUUUGAGGAGCUUCUUUACAGAUGCCUUGCAAAUGCCCCUCUGGAGGCGCUAGAGCAAAUCGAUCUGAAGCAGGAAAAAAAUUGGGUUUUGUUUGCCGAUGGGUAUUACUUUCCCAAAUCUGGUCACCAAUCAAUGGAUAGAUCAAGCCGUGGACAUGACUUUUUGAUUGGCCUCACCACCGGCGAAUGGGCGUUUUUUGAAAAUCUGUUUGCAAAGUACAUGGGCAAGACGGACUACUCUGGCGCUAGAUUUCGCAAAACCAUCACCACUUACAUGGGAAUUUCCGACAAACGGCUUAAUACUUUGGAGAAUUUUUACACUCAAAAAUACGACCCGAAGCUGUAUUCGACGAGAGCAACGACUAACGAAACAGCGAUCACAGCCGAACAAUGGUUUUGGUUUGAAGUCGUGGUCAACUCAAUGACCGACCUUGUGUUUCAUGUUCCCAUAGUCACCGAAGUCGAAAAACUGAGAAGUGCUAGGGUGCCUCCUUCGCUUUUUGUUUACACCUAUAACGCGACUUUGGCGGCCCCAUCUUGGAAUCAAAAUCAGCACGCAUCGCAUUCAGAUGAGCUUCCGUGGCUCUUUGGAGAUUUGAAUAAAAUCGGAAGGGAAUCUCCGGGCUACCAAAAAGUUUUGCUCUUUUUUGCUAAAAACGGGCAACUCGGGAACUUUGGAACGACCGGACCCAAAAGGGAGUUUGACUGCGGCAAAACGAGCGUGGACCCAACUUCUUGGAACUUUGGCCCAAGAAAUCUUAAGAUUCAUCAAGGAGUGGAUUCUAAAGAUUCAAGCUACCCCUAUUUUGUUCGCGUGGAACAUGUGGAUGAGACAACUAAUCUGAAGACCAAUUGCGGCGGAUCCUAUAUUGCCCCAAAAUGGGUUCUGACGGCGGCAAGCUGCGUCCGAAAAAAUGUCCGAUGGUAUUACUAUUUGAGCUACAGGUUCAGGCCAGGCAAUAAAUUUGAGGUACAAGCUCAAAGCCAGACUGCUCGUGUUUGGGAUCACGGUGACGUCGCUCUCUUAGAGCUGGAAACGGAUAUUGACACCAGUGAUGAUCUUGGAAAGCGAGUAUGCCUCGAAGCCAGGGGCUUGACACUGAAAGAGCCGAUGCUCGCUUUUGGAAUGGGAGACGGAGAAAAAGCCAAAGUUCAAGAAGCCAUUUUACGUGCCGAAUGUCUUGAUGAACAAGACACCUUCUGCGGGAGAUUCCGGUGGCCCGCUUGUAGCAAAAUUCGGUCAGCUUUGGUACCAAGUGGGAAUCAUGAGCGACUCGUCCAGCCUUGGAUACACGAGGGCGACUCCGAUCACUCCGAAACUUUGCGAGUGGCUCAA